AUGUAUUUCUUCCACCUCAAGCUCGAGCUCUACCAAGCCCCUGCAGCAGCGAAACUCCACCUCGCGCAACCGCCAGCAGCCAGGACGGUCCAUGUGCCACCACCGGGCGCAGACAUCUUCAGGACUGCCCUGCCCGCUCACAAGACUACGAAGUGGUCGUCACACACCUUCACCGACCGUCCAGAGACGCCGUCUCACAGCCUGUCGUCGUCCAUCUCCUCACACUCCCCCAAGCGAUCUUCGCUGUCUGAAUACCCUGAUUCACACGGCAACGCCCUCCUCCUCCCUGAACGAACGGCGGCUAGGAAAGACGUGCCGAAAUCCCCGGCGCUCAUACCUGUCAAGCCGUCGAAUGACGCCGCGGCGCGGGACUGGAGAUACGAUCGCGUGAGCAUCGAGAGCAUCGAUAUGCAGAGUCAAAAGGCAGGCGGUGCCGCCAGUACGGCGGGCAAUAUACGAGCGAAGAGCGGUGCGAUCGGACUACACACCAAAGCGGUCUAUACGCCUUCCGAGCCGAAGACGACGGAAGUGGGAUGGGGCGUUGUGCAUCUUUAUCGAGACAGCGAGGAGAGCGGGCUGGUGGAUACCAAGCCUGCUAUGAGCGGGCGGAAGAGUGUGGAUGAGGCUGGUUCAGAGCAAUUUGAUCCCGACGAGUGCUCGACACUGUGCAUCGUUGCUGUGCCGUCGUGGAUGAUGCCAUCUGACCUUCUGGGGUUUGUUGGCGAUCAAGCGAGGGAAGACGUGAGCCACUUUCGCCUGAUCAGGACGGGGAGGACCAACAAGUACAUGGUGCUCAUGAAGUUUCGAUCGGCGCGGAAGGCGAGGGACUGGCAAAAAGCGUACAACGGCCGCUUGUUCAGUGUCGCGGAGCCUGAGAAUUGUCACGUGGUGUUUGUCAAGAGCGUCGAGUUCUUGAACACCGGCGUUGAUGAGCACGACAAUACGUUCCCGCAAAACAAUCACGAUCCGUUCACGCCUACACAUCCGAGCGGUCAGGCUUCGAGAACGGAGAAGAGCCUGAGCAGCAAGCCGUUCGCUCCCCCACCGCCGAAUCUCCUCGAACUCCCUACAUGUCCCGUCUGCCUUGAGCGCAUGGACGAGACGACCGGCCUACUCACCAUUCUAUGCCAACACGUCUUCCACUGCGCAUGCCUGGAGAAGUGGCGCUUCACUGGCUCCGGAUGCCCAGUCUGCCGCUACACACAAAACCCAAGCCACACAUUUCCCUUCCCGCGUCCCUCUCACUCUGCUGGCGGAUCCGAAGACGCAGAACCGGAACCCUUGUGCUCCGUCUGUGCCACGAACGAGAACGUUGGACUAUGGAUCUGCCUGAUCUGCGGCAACAUUGGGUGCGGCAGGUACGAUUCGGCACACGCCUACGCUCACUAUGAAGCUACAUCGCAUUGCUACGCGAUGGACAUCAACACGCAGCGUGUAUGGGAUUACGCGGGAGACGGCUACGUGCACCGCCUCAUCCAAAGCAAGCCGGACUUCACCUCGCAGCAGACAACGAAACACUCCGGCUCAGCAGUAGACGCCAGCAACGAUGGGCGAAAGCGGCACGCAAACGAAGCAUACCGAGCAGAAAGCGACGACGUGGUCCCCCGCGAGAAGAUGGAAAGCAUGGCGAACGAGUAUGCGUACCUCCUGACUUCGCAGCUGGAAGGACAGCGGCGGUAUUUCGAAGAGCAGGUGGAGCGCGCGGUUGACAAGGCUAGCCAGGCGACUGCGAAGGCCGAUGCUGCGACCGUGCUUGCCAAUUCUGCGCUUGCGGAUAUGAAGAGCAGCAAAGCGGAGCGUGAUAGUUUCGAAGCCGUGACUGCGCGACUAGAAGCUGCUCUAGAGAAGGCGGAGAAGUCCAAGGUCAAAUUUGAAAAGUUGGCUCGCGAUUUGUCGGCGCAGUUGAGGGAGGAGAAGACGAUGAACGAGGGGUUGAUGAAGAGGAUCACAGCUGCGGAUGAGAAAGCUGCGGCGGCAAGAACGGAGGCGGAAAAGGCGAGGGAGGAGAAGCGGGAAUUGGAGGAGAUGAAUCAUGAUCUGACCAUGUUCAUCUCGAGCCAGGAGAAGGUGAAGGAGUUGCAGGCGCAGGGGGAGGAGGUGGUGGAUGGGAGUGUGAGUUUGCCCCCUGCGAAGAAGGGAAAGGGGAGGAAGAAGUGA